UUCAGAUUGGUAUAAUCUUUGUUUAUACUCGAUUGUAUAUAUUUCUUUUUCGUCGACCCGGAUUAUGCUAUCUUUGGCUCUCAGACGGCGUGUGGCUCUACCCCGCAUUCCAGGAGCAUCUUCUGCAUUUCCUCGUAGAAUUGUUAAUUCCCAAAAUAUACCGUUUUUCCAAAGAAAGGACCUGGCAUGCUAUUUUUCUAUAAAUGCACGGCAGAAUCAAAGCAUUGUAGAAAAUGAAUUUGGAAGCGCCCAAGCGGAACCCACUGCCUUCUCUGAUGACAAGGCGAUUACCGUCCAAUGGCCUGACAAAACACCAGCAAAAUUCUUGAACCUAUGGCUGAGAGAUCAUUGUCAAUGCUCAGCGUGUGUUCAUCAAGACACAAAACAGCGUCUCCUUGAUUCCUUUGCUCUCCCAAGGGACAUCUAUGCCAAAGCCGUCAUUCCAAGCCCGAAGGGUCUUCAUGUGAAAUGGAAUAGCGACGGUCAUGAAAGUAUAUAUGAUUGGGAUUGGCUUCACUUACAUCGUCAUUUCCCGAAACGCCCGAUGCAUGACCAUGAGCUGCCAAGUUUUAAGCUAUGGGGCAGCGAAAUUCGGAACUCCCCACCUACAGUCCAAUACAAGGAUAUAAUGAGCUCUGAAGAAGGAGUAGGAGGUUGGUUAAUGAGCAUACAUCGUUUUGGUUUCGCCUCUGUCGAGGGUUGCCCAGCUUCUCCAGAAGCUACCGAGGAACUUCUCGAACGGAUUUCCUUUAUCCGUCAUACGCAUUAUGGCGGGUUCUGGGACUUUACCUCUGAUCUAGCUUCAAAGGAUACGGCUUAUACGUCUUUGGCCUUGAAUGCCCAUACUGACACGACAUAUUUUUCCGACCCAGCUGGCCUGCAGCUGUUUCACCUCCUUUCGCACACUCAAGGAGAAGGUGGUGCUUCGCUAUUAGUGGACGGCUUCCGUGCUGCCCAUAUCUUGAAGAAAGAAGCACCGGAAGCCUAUCGUAUCUUGAGCCAAGUGAGGGUACCAUCCCAUGCAAGUGGAAAUGAGGGAAUCAGCAUUCAGCCUUAUACCUCGUUUCCAAUCCUUAACCAUCAUCCAGUUACAGGAGAAUUGAUACAGGUCCGAUGGAACAAUGAUGACAGGGCCACUAUGGACGAAUGGGAAAAUGAAGAGGACGUGGAGAGAUGGUACGAUGCAGCUCGUAAAUGGGCCAACAUCCUCAGGCGUGAGGAAAGCGAAUACUGGGAGCAGCUACAGCCAGGUCGUCCAUUAAUCUUUGACAAUUGGAGGAUACUCCAUGGAAGAUCAGCCUUUACAGGAAAACGACGAUUAUGUGGUGGAUAUAUCAAUCGCGAUGAUUUCAUUUCUCGACUGCGUAUGACUAACUGGAACCGCGAGCAAAUAUUAAAGGCUCUGUAAUUAUCUAUGGUCGCCAUCAACCGUUGUCCGUACCAGUCGAGAGUGUUUCACUCGAAAUGCUCCAACACUCCGUAGUGGUUCGCAUUGUUUCGGAAAUGCUCCUGUUUGCGCAAUUGAGCCUCCAUUGACAUGACAUGUGACACGUCGGGAAUCUAUAUCAAACCCUAGCUAGCUGUUCCCUGCCAAAAGACAACGUGCAGCACCCGCAGGAUCCACAUAUGACGUAUAUACCUGAUAGCUAAGCGCGGUAAUUUUUACAUCUAUGAAUA